CAGUAUCCAAGAUGGCGGAAGAAACUUAGCACUGAACCAGUUUUCCUUGUUAAAUCGAUGACUGCUGUGUUGUCAUCUUGACAAUUAAGGCAUUGGAAUUGUAUGAUGUUGCUUCGGUGCAUGUAUAUAUAAAACUGUGAAUGCUACAUAUCAGAUGGAGGUUGUUUUUUGAACAGUCAAACACAUGUUGAUUAGAGAUGUCUGCAAGGAUACAUUACAAAAAUCUGGGCAAGUCAGGGCUCCGAGUGUCAAUGGUAGGACUAGGUACAUGGGUAACAUUUGGGGCACAGACCAGUGAUGAGACGGCAGAAGAAAUUCUUACAUUGGCAUACGAAAGUGGAAUCAACUUUUUCGAUACAGCAGAAGUCUAUGCAGCAGGAAAAGACAUAGAUAUAGUGGAUUGUAAAGGGGAUGUUACUUGGUCUAAAGGAAUUCAUUUUGCAGACCAGCUAGCCAUGAGGGCAGAAAUUGUUCUAGGGAACAUCUUACAGAAGAAACAAUGGAGGAGGUCCAGCUACAUUGUGUCUUCUAAGAUCUACUGGGGAGGAAAGGCAGAAACUGAAAAAGGGUUGUCAAGGAAACACAUUAUUGAAGGUCUGAAGGGCUCCCUGGAGAGGCUACAGCUGGAGUACGUUGACAUCGUGUUCGCCAACAAGCCUGACGUCCACACACCCAUGGAAGAGACAGUGAGAGCGUUCACCCAUGUGAUCAACCAGGGCUGGGCAAUGUACUGGGGCACCUCUAGAUGGUCUCCUACAGAUAUCAUGGAGGCAUACUCGGUCGCGCGCCAGUUCAACCUGAUUCCUCCAGUAGCUGAGCAGACAGAGUACCAUCUGUUCCAGAGAGAGAAAGUCGAGCUACAGAUGCCUGAACUCUACCAUAAGAUUGGUAUAGGCACUGUGAUCUGGUCUCCCCUGGCCAGUGGAAUCCUUACAGGGAAAUAUGAUGACGGAAUUCCCAUCCACUCACGGGCUGCACUGAAGGGUUACAGCUGGCUGAAGGACAAGAUACUGAGUGAGGAGGGGCGUAGACAGCAGGGCAAGCUGAGAGAGGUCGCAGAGGUCGCGGACAGGAUUGGGUGCUCUCUGUCACAACUUGCAAUAGCCUGGUGCCUGAAGAAUGAGAACGUGAACUGUGUACUACUGGGAGCCUCCAAUGUGGAUCAGCUGUAUGAGAAUAUACAGGCUGUACAGUACAUCUCCAAGCUGACGCCCAACAUUAUGCACGAACUGGACAGGUUGCUAGGCAACAAACCUAAGGCCAAUCGCCGUGACAACGUGUCAAGGUGACUAGCAACGCAGCACAGUCCGGACCAUGCAGAGGAAACCACCACCAUCCAACACGAGUCCAGCCGACCCCCGCAACGAAAAGUCUCCAUGGAUUACAGCACCACCCCCGCGUGCUCUCUGCAAUAAUUGUGAUUCGUUUCUUCAAUUUGUCAAUGAGAUCAGAUUAUUGUACUGGCGUUUUCAAACUGUUUUCUAGAAUAACCUCCAAAAAACAUCUUGUGAGCUUGGCGGAAGUUUGUUCUUUUUUGUCUUGAUGGAUUACAGUACUGUGGGAAUGUUUCGUUGAAAUGUGUUUCGUUAUUUCAUCUUGUAAUAACCAGGACAAGAACAACCUGGUAGACUUGAUGGAAGUUUGUUUGUUUCUUGUUGAUCAAGAUGAAAUAAAUGUACUGGUGUUUUUACCCUUUACCACUGAGAUAGGCACUUUCACGCAUUUGUAGUCGCCUAGAAAAUCACAUUAGAUUUAAGACAUUUGUUUCUAGAUUCAAGUUUUGAAGGCUUCAUUCCGAACCAUAAGGUACUGAUGAGCAGCAAACAACAUAAACCUACACAGACUGCAAGUUACUCGCUGACUGUUCUAUUUAAUGCUGUUUAGUGCUGUUUGCAUAUAGCCAUUUUGACUCUGAGCAGAAAAUGGGUGAAGGAUUUGUGAAGAGUUUGUUAAAGGUCGUUUUGUUACCUUGACUUUUCAAUGAUAUCUCAUACAUUUACUGUAUUUUUGAACUGUGGUCAGUAAUAGCUUGCCAAAAAACACCUUGUGAACUUGAUUGAAGUUUGUUCUUUUCUUGUGUUCAAUAUGUAAUAAAUGUACUGGUGGAACUGUUGUCAGUAAUAACCUGCCAAAAACUUUUAUGAAUUUGGGGAAGGUUUGAUCGUUUAUUUUGUUUGAGAUGAAAUAAAUGAACUUGUUUUUUUAACUUAUGUCUAUAAAACCUGCCAAAAAAAAAAGGUAAAUUUGGUGGAAGUUUGUUUGUUUGUUUUGUUCAAUAUGAAAUAAAUGCAAUGGUGUUUUGAACUAUUGUCUUAAAUAACCUGUCAAAAAACACCUUGUGAAGUUUGUUUGUUUAUUGUGUUCAAGAUUAUGUAAAUGUACGUAUGUACGUAUGAUUUGAACUGCAUUCUGCAAUAACAACCGUGUACACUUUGUAUAACUGUGUUAAUUUCUUGUGUACAAGAUCACACUUGUAAUAGGUCCAAGCUCCACAACUAUGAACAUUCUUGUGCUGAAACUUAUUUCAAUAUUUUAAAUAUUAAAUAUAAAACCAAUGGAAAUUAAAGCUUAAAUUUUACAAGCAACUGAUGAGUAAAUUCUUUAGGUUAAGACAAUUUUUUAUUUUGAAAACUUUCAUAGUGCUGGGACUGUUUUUUUUCCCCUACCGGUUUCACCGGAGGGGACUUAUGGUUUGCACUCCAUCUGUCUGUCAGUCUGUCUGUCAGUCAGUCCAUCACACUUUUCUGGAUCCUGCGAUAACUUUAAAAGUUCUUAAUAUUUUUUCAUGAAACUUGCAACAUGGAUAGAUGGCAAUAUGGACAUUAUGCACGUCAUUUCAUUUUGUUCCUACGUCAAAAAUUGUGGUUGCUAUGGCAACCAAAAAAUAAUAAUUCUGAAAAUGGUGGAAUUUCUGACAAUGGUGGAGCCAGUAGGGGUCAAUAUUGCUUGACAAUAGCCUUGUUUAUUAUGUUUAAUUUUUACUGCAUUGAUUAACAGAUAUUUCUAACAGGGAUAUUUUGUCCUCGUUUAAAUAAGUGCUGUGUAAAAACUGCAGACGCGUUUACAAGUGGCUCUGUUGUGAUGUAUGUACAUGAUGUAUGUCUGGACUACACGGCAGUAACCUGAUUUUACUGUUGAGCAGACCUCUACCUGUUAUUGAAGAAAUAAUAAAACAGAAUUAUUACGACUCUGAAAUUUUAGUGGCAUUGUAAAUGUUGUUUGAUGUUAUAUGUGUUAACCAUGACAUCUUGAGCACUUGCGCUGAUAUUUGUAAAAUAUGUUUUCUGCUGUUGUGGUGGUUUUACGUGUUUAAAAUGUAUUAAGUCUGAGUAUAAAAAUGUUUGUUUUAUUGCUUCAUUUUAAUGGAAAAUGAUGACUUUAUGAAUGAUUGUGAGUAAAAUGAGGUACAUCCAAGAAUUGAUGUAAACGUCUACUGUUGUGAUAUAAAAAAAUAUAUUCGGCACUUUUAUAUCACAUUGAUAUUAGCAUUGUAGUUAGAUUAAUAGUGACACUAAUGUACAUAUUUAGAGAUUUUUGGAAACUAUUGCUGUGUUUCAAUUCACCUAAACACUCUCUUUGUACAUGCCUUUUUGGGGCACACAGGUAAAAAGGGAAUAUUUCACAAAAAGAUUUUAAAUAGGGCCCGGUUUUGAGCAAAUGAAUUUUGUAGUAUUUUGAAUAAUAUCUUUGUGAACAUGUUUAAAAUUCUAGUUUACAAAAGUAUUACAACAUGUAUUAAUAUGUGUCGUGUUCUGUGAAAGCUGGUCAUAAUGCAUGUGCGUAAAGUGUCGUCCCAGAUUAGCCUGUGCAGUCCGCACAGGCUAAUCAGGGACGACACUUUCCGCCUAAACUUGAUUUUCGGUUAGGAGGGACUUCCUUGAAACUAAAAAUACCAUAAAAGCGGAAAGUGUAGGCAAUAGAGGUCACAGUUUUCAUCCAAUCUUUAUAAAAUUUGAUCAGAAUGUUAAUCUUGAUGAAAUCUGGAUUGGGAUUGUAUUUGGGUCACGUGGGGUCAAAAACUAGGUCAAUUGGUCAAAUAUUAGAAAAACCUUGUGUAGACAAUAGAGGUCACAGUUUUCAUCCAAUCUUUAUGAAAUUUGGUCAGAAUGUUUAUCUUGAUGAAAUCUGGGUUGGGAUUGUAUUUGGUUAGUCAGGUAAGCGAUUCAGGGCCAUCAUGGCCCUCUUGUUUAUGAAUGUGUCUGUGUUAUAACAAACCAGUGCAAUAUUAUUUUCAGUUAUUAUCCAUAAAAAAAUCCUAGACAUGAAGAGAUUAUUUUGAUAUUUUUUUACUCUCCAAAGUGUUCCUCUGAUAAAGAUCAUUGACACGAACAAUGACAAUCCGUUUCUGUAAUUUAGAUGUAUCAGUAUACAACAUAUCAGUUUAAUAUUUAAUUCAGUAAAUGUUCUUGCUGUCGUGUACAGUUUGGUAUAAAGGCAAUACUGCUGUUGAAGUGGUUACUGUGCUCUCACCUUAUGCAACAACUUCAGUGAGUGUAUAUUUGUUCAGGGAUCCUUUUUAUGCUACCCCAAAAUUUAUUUUGGGGAGAGCAUUAUAAUAGUCGCCACUUCGUCUGUCCGUCAGUGUGUCAGUCCGUGCACAAUUUUUGUCCGGUCUAUUUCUCAGCAACUAAUGACCGGAAUUCAAUGAAACUUUAUGGGAAGCAUCACUACCAAGAGGAGAUGUGCAUAUUAUCAGCGGGUUCUGGUCGGAUGAUUUUUCACAGAGUUAUGGCCCUUUGAAAUUUUCUAUAAAAAAUUCUUGUCCCCCCAACUACUGUGCCCUCAAGUCGUUUCCUUUUAUCAGAAUAUAUAGUGCAAUAUUGUGACAAAAAAAACCUUUGGGGAGCAUCACCCGUCUCCGACGGUUUCUUGUUUAGCCUUGGUGUAGGAAAACUGGACUUAAUGAAUUGCGUCAUCGCAGAUAAACCUUUGCAGGCUUCACAGGCUAACCAGGGAUGACAUUUUCCACAUUUGCAGAAGGAAUAAACCUUUGCACUUGUCUGUCCAUACGUCCUGAAGGUUGGGUUUUUUAAUUCAUAAACUACUCAGUAGUCUACUGUGUGGCCCUCACUCAAACUUUCACGUGACCAUAAUGUGCAGAUGAUCUUAAAGAAAAGAAUUUUAGCAGGGAUUGGUUUUGGCAGAACUAUGUCAGUUUGUCAGUUUUUCCAAUAUACAUGUAGAAUACAUGUAUAUCAUUUAGUUAAUUUUUUUUAAUGUUUUUAACUCCUUUCUAACUUCUUGGCGAGUUUUGGUUAAAAAUUCUUAUUUGAUUGAUGUUCAUGUGUAGAUAAUCCAAAAGAAAGAAAUAAGGAUUUGAGACCAGUUUUUUUUUAUCCUCUGUAUAAAAUAUAGUGGAUUGUCACUGUUCAGACACGUGUUUUGGGGUUAUCAGUGUCUAUGACACAUCACACAUGUAUGUCUUAUCUUGUAUCAUUGCACAGUAAACAUUUCCCAUAAAAACACUCUUGUCAGCAUACUCGGUGGCAUCAAAUUGUCAUGAAUUUAUUUGCAAAACGUUGCAACGACAAAACCUAUAUCAGCAACAAUAUUGAUAGGAGACCAUAUCUUAAAGUCCUGUUUUUGUCUUCAUGCUGCUGCCAUAAUAUUAUAAUCACAACUUGUUGCUUCUUUGCAGCAUAUUAAUUAAGCCAUUUAUAUUCAUUUACAUACUCAUUUUUGUUAAGCGCGUAUCUUUAUGUAAGUGACUAUAAGUCAAUAUUUGUAAACAGACUACAUUGAUUGGCUCAGUUAUGACUAGCUGUCAUUUAUUUGAACUAGGUGUAAUUUUUCUUGACAGUUCAUUUAGCGAUGAAAUGCAGACAAAAUGCCAUUCAAUUCUUUAGAAAAUCAAGACAAUAACAACAUUUUAUUCACCUUAUAAUGCAGAAAGAUAUUUACACUAAUGAAGUAUAUAAAACAGUCUUAAUUUAAACAUGAUUUGUAAUGGAACCACUCAUUUUUUUCCAUCACAGCCAAAAUAUAGAAUACAAUUAUACAUUAUUCUAAGGUUCGACUAGUGAUGUUGGACAUGUAAUAUGUUUUGCAAUAAAUUUGUACUACCUGAUAUUUUGGAUAAUAUGAUUUAAAAAAUAACUAUUUGAUUAAAGCAAGUAACAACUGUUAUCAAAUAUGUAGUUACGUUUUCUUCUCCUGUUUUUCAUUUGAAAUUGUUUAAAAAAACUUGUAAAAGAUACAUACAUUUGAAUAAAAACAUAAUAAUAUUACAUGUAUAUAGUGUUUUUAUAUGCUUUCUUCUUUUUUAGCCCUAAGUGUAUUCAUAUUUUUUUCACUGCAAUCCUAAUGAUUGAAGUUUUAAGUUCAGUUAUAAAUCAUUUAUUUCCGUUAAUAUGUGUAUUACCACAUAUGAGAGGUUUUUGUUAAAAGUUUGCUAUGGUUUUAAACUCCACAAAGAGUACCAGUUGUGAUGUUUCACAGCCCAUGAGCAAUCCAUGUUGACAAAUUGUUCUAUGAAAUUAUUUCUUUAGAUUUUUAUCACACUUGGCAGGAUUUUUCCUUGAUGUCCUUUAUCAAAAUCCAUAUAUUUUUUUAAAUGGUGUAUGAGUAAUUAUUGAAACAUCGGGUUGUUUUGGCAACCAAAACGUUAGAACACAACAGUUUUUUAAAUCUGAAAUCAGUAUAUGUAUUUCGGAAUUAUGUCACAGAAUUUUGUUUUUAUGUGACCAUGCAUCUCCUGAAAGUCCUUUAACAAAUCUUAAAACAACAACAACAGUGCCGCCAGUUGUGGGGCAUUAUUGCCUGUAAUAUUUAUAGCUUUUUAAUUUGCAGUAAAUACUGCUAGGGCAUGUAAAUAAUUCAACUCAGGUGAGCCACAAUUAUGAUCCACUUGUUUUAAUUGUAAUCAAAUGAUUAUGCCGUUAUGCUGUGUUACCUUUUUCAGCUAUUUAUUUGUGUUUAUCUCAAUUGUUAUACUUCAUCUUGUACAAGGCAUAUUGUUAUUACAUGUAUCACUAGCAUCGUUGGUUUUAAUAGAUUGUGCAAUAUGAAUUUAGGAUGCCUUUACUAGAUUUGCUGUUAUUUGAUAGUUAUUAAUAAAAUUUUUGAUUGAA